AUGCAGCCCCUGGUGAUGCAGGAAUGGCCCUACGUCCUCCCGCGAUGUCCUGAGUGGCACGUCACGGAGCAGGCGCAGCACCGCAGUGCUGCUCACCCGCUGUCUCAGGUUGAAGCUUCGCAGGAUGGUGCAGGACCUUUGUGUGUAACCCCCCGAGCUCCAAGCGGUGCUGCCAGGCCCCAGGCCCCUCUGGAGAUGAAUCUUUGCUGGAACGAGAUAAAAAAGAAAUCCCACAGCCUUCGAGCUCGGCUGGAGGCCUUUUCCGACCACAGUGGGAAGCUGCAGGUGCCUCUCCAGGAGAUCAUUGACUGGCUGGGGCAGAAGGAUGAGGAGCUCUCGGCACAGCUGCCCCUGCGGGGCGAUGUCCUCCUGGUGCAGCAGGAAAAGGAGACACACGCGGCUUUCAUGGAAGAAGUGAAGUCCCGAGGACCAUACAUUUAUUCUGUCCUGGAGUCAGCACAGGCUUUCCUUUCCCAGCAUCCGUUUGAGGAAUUAGAAGAACCAACUUCAGAAAGCAAAGAUGUCUCUCCCCGGCACCGGAUCCAAAACAUCAGCCGCUUUGUCUGGAAGCAGGCGAACGUGGCCAGUGAGCUGUGGGAGAAGCUCACAGCCCGGUGCGUGGACCAGCACCGUCACAUUGAAAGGACACUGGAGCAGCUGCUGGAGAUUAAAGGGGCCAUGGAGGAGCUCAGCACAACCCUGGAUCAGGCUGAAAGUGUGCGUGAAACCUGGGAACCCAUUGGGGAUCUCUUCAUUGACUCCUUACCAGAGCACAUCCAGUCAACCAAGCUGUUCAAAGAGGAGCUCUCCCCCAUGAAGGAUGGGGUGAAAGUGGUCAACGAUCUUGCACACCAGCUUGCCAUCUCAGAUGUCCACCUGUCCAUGGAGAAUUCCCGUACUCUGGAGCAAAUCAACACUCGCUGGAAGCAGCUCCAGGCCUCCAUAAAUGAACGCCUGAAGCAGCUCCAAGACGCCCACCGGGACUUUGGACCAGGCUCCCAGCACUUUCUCUCCUCCUCUGUCCAGGUUCCCUGGGAACGGGCCAUUUCCCCCAACAAAGUGCCAUACUACAUCAACCACCAGGCCCAGACGACAUGCUGGGACCACCCGAAGAUGACGGAGUUGUACCAGACGCUGGCGGAUUUGAACAACAUCAAGUUCUCGGCUUAUCGGACAGCGAUGAAGCUGCGUCGGGUACAAAAAGCCCUGCGAUUGGACAUGGUGACCCUGGCCACGGCUUUGGAAAUCUUCAACGAGCAUGACCUGCAGCCCAGCGACCGACCGAUGGACGUGGUGGAGGUCAUCCACUGCCUGACUGCCCUCUACGAGAGGCUGGAGGAGGAGCGGGGCAUCCUGGUGAACGUGCCACUCUGCGUGGACAUGAGCCUCAACUGGCUGCUGAACGUCUUUGACAGUGGCCGUAGCGGGAAGAUGAGGGCUCUCUCCUUCAAGACAGGCAUCGCGUGUCUGUGCGGGACUGAGGUCAAGGAGAAGUUUCAGUAUCUCUUCAGCCAAGUGGCCAGCGCUGGGGGACUCUGUGACCAGCGGCACCUUGGUGUCCUGCUCCACGAGGCCAUCCAGGUCCCACGCCAGCUGGGGGAGGUGGCAGCGUUUGGAGGCAGCAACGUGGAGCCCAGCAUCCGCAGCUGCUUCCGCUUUAGCAAUGGGAAGCCCGCUAUUGAGGCAUCCCAGUUCCUGGAGUGGGCCAACCUGGAGCCGCAGUCCAUGGUGUGGUUGGCUGUGCUGCACCGGGUGACCAUGGCCGAGCAGGUGAAGCAUCAGACCAAGUGUUCCGUCUGCAGGCAGUGCCCCAUCAAGGGCUUCAGGUAUCGGAGCCUGAAGCAGUUCAACGUGGAUAUCUGCCAGACUUGCUUCCUCACCGGGCGAGCCAGCAAGGGCAACAAGCUGCACUACCCCAUCAUGGAGUACUACACCCCGACCACGUCCAGUGAGAACAUGAGAGAUUUUGCCACGACGCUGAAGAACAAGUUUCGGUCCAAGCAGUACUUCAGCAAGCAUCCACAGAGGGGCUACCUGCCCGUCCAGUCUGUACUGGAGGCUGACUUCUCCGAGACACCAGCCUCCUCCCCGAUGUUACCGCACGCCGACACUCACUCUCGGAUCGAGCACUUUGCCAGCAGGCUUGCAGAGAUGGAAAGCCAGAACUGCUCCUUUUUCAGCGACAGCCUGUCCCCUGACGACAGCCU